AUGAGCGACUCGGUCGACUUCAAACGCGAGUCCGAUGGGGAGUUAGUUGAAGAUGUUGGUGAAGCUUUCGUGAAAGCCGAAGAAGAGGAGAGGGAAGCCGCUAAACGUGAACAUGAUGAAAUUGAACCCACUGUCUCAAAGACUAGCGAGCAACCAGCCAAUACUGAAGAUGAUAACAGACAUGAUGAAGUGGAAGAGGAUGAAGAAGACGAUGAUGACGAAGAGGAAGAAGAGGAUGCUCCCCGCAGAAAACGCCGGAGAGCUGCCAAUCAAUUCAUCGAUAUCGAAGCCGAGGUUGAUGAUGAGGAAGAAGAUGAGCUUGAUGAAGACGAUGAGGAAGCUGAACUUAUCCGUCAACAAUUUAUUGCUGAUGACAAAGCUGACGAAGAAGGUGGCCGCCGUGACGAUCGUUUACAUCGUGAAUAUGAUUUAAGACGACAAGAAGCCGAAGACCAAGACGCUGAGGAAUUAGCGCAAUCACUCAAAGAAAAGUAUCGUCGCAGUCAUACGGUUUAUCGCGGUGAUCUGGCGACCUCAGGAGCCGUCUCGCAGAAGUUGUUAAUGCCCUCAAUUAAUGACCCCGCCAUUUAUGGUAUCCGUUGUAAGCAAGGCGCUGAAAAGGAUUUGGUUCGCAAAUUAUUCGAUAAAAAACGAACUUUCGAGAAACGAGGUCAACCUCUUGAUAUCUUGCUGGUGUUCCAGCGAGACGCUUUCAGGGGUUAUAUUUACAUUGAAGCUAAAAGACCAGAUGCAAUUGACAAGGCUCUCAAUGGGAUGAUUAACGUCUACGCGCGAGACAAGCUUUUGGUACCAGUGAAAGAGUACCCUGAAUUGUUGAAACAAAUCAAAUCUUCUGACGUGGAAAUUGUUCCUGGUAUCUAUGUCCGUAUCACCCGUGGCAACUAUAAGGGGGACUUAGCCAUCGUCGAUAACUUGUCCGAAAAUGGUCUUGAAGUUCGGUGUAAGUUAGUUCCAAGACUUGAUUACGGCCGCAAUGAUGAGUAUGAUCGUGAUGGUCGUAAAAUCAUCAAGCGUGGUGGAGUGCGUCCGAUGCCUCGUUUGUUUAAUGAGCAGGAGGCUAGGCAAUACGAUCCUGGAAACCUUCAACCAGGUCGGACUCGUGGUGGCUUCUUUUACAAGGGUGAAGAGUACAACGGAGGGUUCCUAUUCAAAGAUUUCAAACUCCAAUUCAUUCAAACAAAGGAUGUGCACCCAUCUUUGGAAGAGCUUGAUCGUUUUCAACAAGGAAAGGAUGAAGAUGGUGGUCUCGAUUUGGCAGCUAUCGCAGCACUGGUGAAACUGUCAGGUGGGACUGACGGUCUGCCAUUUCAACCUGGUGACCGUGUAGAAAUCAAACGCGGUGAAUUAGCCCGAACUGUCGGUCAGGUGGUAGAAGCCGCACUUUCUGAAGUUGUCAUAAAUGUCACCAAUUCUGGAGAUCCCAAUUUUGUUAAUCAGCGUAUCACUGUGCCCGCAGGUGACUUGAGAAAAAUGUUCAACGAGGGUGACCACGUAAGAGUGAUCACCGGUAAGCAUGCGGAGGAAACUGGUUUGGUUAUUAAGGUUGAAGGUGAAAACGUGGUUUUGGUGUCUGACUUGACAAAGAAUGAUAUAAAGGUGUUUGCCAACUACUUGGUCAAAGCUACCGAUGCCUCUACUGUUAUCCACGACUUUGGUCAAGAAUAUGAUAUCAAGGAUUUGGUUCAACUUAACGCAAGUACUGCAGGUGUCAUCGUUAAGGCUGAACGAGGCAUUUUCGAGGUACUUACCACGGACAAUCGUACCAUUUCUGUUAAGCCGUCAGGUAUCGCUUCGAAGCUCAAAUUAACCCGUCGAGAACAAGUUGCCACCGACCGUAAUGGGUCUAAGAUUGCUGUUGGUGAUACUGUCAAGGAUGCUAUUGCCGAGAAGCAUGAUAAACGUGAAGGCACUAUUAUUCACGUAUACAAACUGACAGUGUUUGUUCAGCUGAAAGAGAUUACCGAAAACCUUGGUAUCUACGCUACGAAUUGCAUUAAUGUGUCGACAGUUUUUACUAAAGAUCUGAUGACCACUAAAUCGCGUGGUCCUGAUUUGUCACAAAUGAACCCUAAUCUCAACCUUCCCCAACCGAUGGCACCGCCAUCCUUCCGUGCUCGCGGGCCCGGUGGUCGUGAUAAAUUGAUUCAGAAGGAUGUUACGGUGACACAAGGUAAUUACAAGGGGUUAAUGGGUAAGGUAGUGGAUACCACUGACACUAUUGCCACAAUUGAGUUGCAUACUAAGGCGAAGCGGAUUAAGGUGGAUAAGAACAAAUUGAAUGUCAUUUUCAAGGGUCAAGCCAUUCCCUAUUUGCGCUUUAUCGGCGCCCCUAUGGCUGCUGGUGGCGAAGGUGCUGGCUCGCGAGCGUACGCUCUGGGAGGUCGUCUGGCAUGGAACGGUGGCGCAACUCCUGCUCAAGGAGCUGGUUCGCUGUGGGGUUCAGGAAGCAACACUCUGUGGGGUGGUUCAAAGACCCCAGCAUACUCCUCGGGUGAUAGACUGACGUGGGGCGGUGGAAGUGGCGGUGCGCUGUCGUGGGGCUCGCUGGGAAAUACCUCGACGUGGGGUGCUAGCUCGGGCAAUCAGCUGACAUGGGGUGGUGGCUCUACGUGGGGUGGCUCUGGAGGCGGUGCCGGAGGGAACGGCGGCGAGUCUACCUGGGGUGGCAAUCUGAAAAAGUCAGGCUCUGGAUCGUCGUGGGGCGGCGGUGGUGGUAACUCCACCUGGGGCCUGAACUCUGGAGGCAAUCUGACGUGGGGCCAGAAGAAGCAGGGGGGCAACCUGACGUGGGGAUCUGGGGGUAACCUGACUUGGGGUUCUCUGGGCUCUGGCGGCAACUCGUCGUGGGGGUCAUAG